CGCGCGACACUACCGACCCGCGCACACUGCGCCGCGCACGCGCACACGACCAGUGCCGACACCCAGUGCCCAGUGCCCAGUGCCCAGUGCCGAGUGUAGUGAGUGACAGUGCGAGGGAGCAUGCGCAGCUGGAGCCUGGCGCUGCUGCUGUGCGCCGCCGGAGCGGCGCACGCGGCGACAGGCGAGCAGACGCGGCCGGCGAGCGAGCACGCGGAUCGCGAGCACGCGGCGCGAGAGCACGAGGCGCGAGAGCAGGCGACGCGGCCAGCGCGCUCGGUGCAGGACAGCGGCGAGCGCUGGCGACAGCUCAUCGCAGAAUGGACGCAAGGCGCGGGAGGCGCGGCGGGCGCGGAGGGCCUGUGGUACCCGCCACCCGUCCCCGUGCAGGUGCCGCUGCCAGGAGACAGCAACGGACGCGCGUCGCUGUCGGUGCUGGUGGUGCCCGUGCCGGUGCCCGUGCCCGCCGCCGCGCCCCGCGCCGUCCCCGCCCAGUGCCCGCUGAGCGCACCGGGCGACGUGUCGCGCACCGCACCAGCGCACAACGUCGCGCAGACUCCUGCCUACGCCGACGCUGCUUUUAACGCCCCAUCGAACCAGCCCACACAGUUCAACCUAUUUCCAGGAUACAACCAAGCUCCAGUGUACAACACAAUCCCAGGCCAAAACUCUAUAUCUCAGUACACCCCUGCGCCGGCGCCAGCGCCAGCCCCCUUACCAGUGAACUACUGGGCGCCCACCGGGCAGCCCGCGCCCUCCGCCCCGCCCGCGCCGGCAACUCCGCCGACGUCGCCGUACGCGCUGCCCGAGGCGCCCGCCAGCACGCCGCCGCCGCCGCCGCGCCAGCCGCCCCGCCGCCCCGACACCGACGAGCGCCUCGCCAGGAAUGCUCCCAACUUCCCGCCCGUCGAAAACUCGCAGCUACUGGUGGAGCAGUUCCGUGCACAACAGCCUACCGACCCGAUGCUCCCUCCGAUCGUGACGGAUCCGGCGGGCGUGGUCAGCACGGCCGACUACACGGAGGAGGAGGUGCAGGCGGGCCAUGCGGACGCGGCGGGCGAGGCGGCGCUGCGGCCCGAGGCGGAGGCGGGCGGCGAGGGCGUGGUGCGCGAGCGGCGCCGCGUGCGCUGCAAGCGCCGCUACUCUGCGCCCAGCGAGGCCGAGCUGCAGGCGCCGCCGCCGCCGCCGCGCUUCGAGCGCUCGCUGUUCCUGCGUGCGCGCCUCACCGUGCCGCGCGCCGACUACACCGAACCCUACUCGCUCUGGUGGGACGCGGCCAGCGGCGCCUCGCGCAUCGACUUCCACGGCGGCGCCACCUCCACCUACCGCAUGAUGAUGCGGGACGGACGCGUUAUGAGCGCGCAGAUCCGCGUGGACCGCACAGAAGAGACGGACGUGCGGCGCUGCGUGGUGUCGACGCCGCGGCGCGUGUCGCUGGCGGAGCGCGCGCUGCCCGCGCUGCCCGACCUCAGCGCGUUCUCGUUCGCGGGUUACGUGCUGCGCGGCACGCAGCGCGCCGAGCGCUGGCGCUACACGCUGUCGGGCCACGCCGGCGAGCUCGGCGCCGCGCGCGGCGAGGCGCUCACCUUCCGCCACGAGCUGCUGCUCGCGCGCUCCGCCGACAACCACACCACCACGCCGCUGUGGUACGCCACGCGCGUCGACAGCUCGGUGCUGGGCGCCGACUGCGACGGCUACGUGCACUACUUCGACGAGGUGCAGCUGCAGCACCAUGACAGCUCCAUGUUCCGCCUCGACAUAGCCGACGCUUGUGAACAAGUGGAGAUCACCGACCGGAUGGAGAACGUGGAACCGCUUAGAGAGUUCACCAUGCUGCGACGGGACCCUCGACACGACGCAGAGCUAGAUCGGUAUAAGCGAAAGUUCCAGCGCGUUUACGCCGACGACGUGGAGGAGGCGGUCCGGAAGAACCUGCUGAUGCAGAGCAACAGGCACAUGGCCGCCGGCAACAGGCAGGGCGCCGGCUUCGAGCUGGCGACUAACUUCGUGUCGGACCGGCUGGUGGCGGAGCGGCGUGUGCUGCUGGGCGUGCAGGACGAGCCGCGCGAGCCCGGCGAGCGCUUCCCGCACGAGCGCGCCGAGCUCGAGGCGCUGCGCGGUCGCCUGCCGCGCAAGUUCGACUGGCGCCAGCGCGGCGCCGUCACGCACGUGCGCAAUCAGGGGCUGUGCGAGUCGUGCUGGGCGCACGCCACCGUGGGCGCCGUGGAGGGCGCGCUGUUCGUGGAGACCGGCCGCCUCGUGCCGCUCAGUGAGCAGGCGCUCGUCGACUGCGCCGGCCCGUACGGCGGUCACGGCUGCAAGGCAACGUGGCCUAGCGCGGCCUACGAUUACAUAAAAGACAUCGGCCUGCCUGCUCUCGAUGAGUACACACCCUACAAAGCACAAGAGCAGACGUGCCGCGCCGACAGCGUGCCGCCCGUCACGCGCAUCAGCGGCCAUCUCAACGUCACCCAACACAACAUCCUGGCGCUAAAGGUGGCCAUUAGGAAGUACGGACCCACUGUCGUUCUCAUUGACGGCGCAACAACAUCCUUCGCGACUUACAAGAAAGGUUACUACCAUGACAGACGCUGCAAGCGCACGAGCAGCAACCACGCGGUGCUGGCGGUGGGCUGGACGGUGCAUCGCGGCGAGACGUACUUCAUCGUGAAGAACUCGUGGAGCACGGCGUGGGGCGAGGAGGGCUACAUGCGCAUGCGCGCGCCCACGGACACGUGCGGGCUGCUGCGCCGGCCCUCGCUGCCGCGGCUGCGCGCGCCCGACGUGCUGCGCGUGCCGCAAACCGCGCCCGCCGCCGCCUGACCGAUCCCUGCUCUUCUAAGUCAUUAAACAUAGUUGUUACUUUA